CAUAAAGCCCAACAAGUUUUAAAAUUAAUGCGUUGUCCGCCACCGCCAAAUAUGUAACUAAAUUCCCUGAUUUUAUUUGUCUCCUGUGUGUCAAUGUCAACGCCGGAAAGAUGAAGAAGACGAUUACGAAGAAGAAGCAGAAGCAGCUGUCGUCGACGCCGGAAUUGACUCAUAAUCCGUCAAUUCCCUAUGAUUUUCUAAUGCACAUCGUCGCAUGCAUCCCAAGAUUGUACUAUGAGUCUCUCACUCGUCUCCAAGAGCUUUCGAUCUCUCCUAGCUUCACCAGAGCUUUACAAGGUAAGGUCACAGUUGGGCCGCACAGAGAGUUGUCUCUAUGUUUGCUUCGAUAUGGAAAAUGGUCUAAACUGGUUCACCCUCUGCCGGAAACUUGAUAAAACCAUAACCGGUAAGGAGAGUGGUUAUGCUUUGGCUAGAGUCCCAAUCCCGCAUUCUCCUAAUGUACGAUUUUCGAGUCUCGUGCGGUUGGCUCUGAUAUCUACAACAAUGGGCUUUCCGGUGGAGCUCUAUGAUGCUUCUGCUGGCGUCCUUUAUGGAAAGAUUGAUGUAGCAGGAAAUUCCCCAGAUAGGAACUCCAUGACGAAAUCUGUCGAGGUGUUCAAGUUGGACAUAAAAACACAAGUUUGGGAUCCUGAGCCUAUCCAUUGCAGAGAGACAAAAUAUCAUUAUAUGGAAGCUAGGAGAGAUCGAAAGCUCUGGUGAAGCUAGGAGAGAUCGAAUCAAACUAUUUAGAGAUGUGACAACAGAUUGGUCAUCUAAUCUGGUAAUUCGGGUUCCAGGACGAGGAUCGCCAAGUGGCCAUCGUUGCUUCUUCUUUUUCUUCCCUGUGGCUGUAGAUAUAUUUCGAGGACAUUACGAUGAGAUUUUAAUUUCAGUGUCUUGAUUGUUAAUUCUGUUUGCUCAGGAUCUGUCACUGAU